GCUCACGUCAUUCAUUACGAGUGCAUCCAUUCCCGUUCUUGUUGUCUACUGCUACAAUUAACAACAAUGAGUGGACGUGGUAAAACCGGCGGAAAGGCUAGAGCGAAAGCCAAGACCCGUUCAUCCAGAGCCGGGCUCCAGUUCCCCGUGGGCCGUGUCCACAGGCUGCUCCGCAAGGGCAACUAUGCCGAGCGUGUUGGAGCCGGUGCUCCCGUGUAUUUGGCCGCCGUACUGGAGUACCUGACCGCUGAGAUCCUGGAGUUGGCCGGCAACGCUGCCCGCGACAACAAGAAGACUCGCAUCAUCCCCCGCCAUCUGCAGCUGGCUGUCCGCAACGACGAGGAAUUGAAUAAACUGCUCGGCGGAGUGACCAUCGCUCAGGGAGGCGUGCUGCCCAACAUCCAGGCUGUGCUGCUGCCCAAGAAGACAGAGAAGUCCAAAUAAACCCUGGCUGGAUCAACGAUUGAAAGGCUCUUUUAAGAGCCACCCAUUUGAUUCAAUACCAAGUGAAUAUUCCUUUUCAAAUGCCUGGUUUGCAUUUCCGUUUGUAUCAUUGCGAGUGAACUGGAUGUUUGUAUAUUGCUGUGAAUGUCUGUAGAGCUCUAGUUGUACACAACGAGUGCAUUUGUAAACACGCUCUGCGCGUUACAACAAGAGAAGACCUCUGGGUGUCGCGGUUUGACUACUUAUGAAAUUUACAGGCCUCUCUGAAGUGAAGCCCGGAUAAAAUGUCAAGACAGGAUCCCCCCGUUUGCAAUCCUAGUUUGGCAGUAUAUCAUUUUUUUAAGGAAGGCUAUGGUACCAAAUAAAACUUCAAAAUUAAAGUACUUAUAAAGUAAAGAUGAAUGUUUAAAUUUAACAGUGGAAACUGGAGAACUAUUUAGUAUGGUAGUAGAUUAUCAUUAGAUUCCGAGGGAAAU